CAUUUCAACAGGUGUCCUCCUGCGCCGUCGCAGUGUGAAACCAAUCGUCGGUUUCGACUAUAGGGGCGCGAUUGAGCCAGUUACUGCCCAAGUCAGUCUCGUCCUGACAUUGUUACAAACUUUCUCGAUCUGUCAGGAGUCAUGUCGAAUAACAGCGCCGGCGGAUUGGUGAGUCUGCAGAAAAGCGUCAAGCAGCUGCGAUUUGAAGCAGGAAUCCGCAGAAUUAAGGUUUCUCAAGCUGCAGCAGACCUGAAGACAUUUUGCUUGCAAAAUGCCCACAAGGACCCUCUCCUCAUGGGGGUGCCAUCAAGCGACAACCCCUUUCGUCCACCUAAAUCAUGUGCGCUCUUCUGAGGAGUCAUGAAGAAUGUGGAGAAACUUCUGAACAUUCCUCUUUUACACAAAUGUUUUCACUACACAACCCUCAGACCCCCUUUACAUUACAGCAGAUCUGGUUAUCAUCACUACUAUUACACUAAAUUGUUUAAUUUGUAAGUUGCGUUGUGAAUUGAAGUCUUUCACGUUCAGUGAUGUGAUGUGAAACCUCUGAGAAGUGAUUUAAAAGUGUUUAAUUUGUAUACUGUUAAAUAAUUACAUGAUCGUGCAAAAGUUACACUAGUAGGAGGAAAUUAAAAUAUUUAGUUGGUCCAUUGGAAAAGUGAUGACAAAUAUGCAAAAAUAUUAUAUUAUACAUUUUUUUUUCCCUGUGUAGCUAAGUCCAUUUGAAUACCAGCCUUACACAGAAAAAUUGCAAAAUGCUUUCUUGUUGUAAUGUUUAGUUUAGGAUGAAACACUGAAUUUCUUUGUUGUUGAUACAAUUUGGCUUAUGUACAUGGACUGUUGUUGCCAUGAAACUCAUGUAUUUAAGCUAAUUUAAUUGUAUUAACCACAUGGCUCUGUUGAAGGAGAGAGAUGUCUUGAAUCUCAGGUUCUUUUUGAUAAAGAUCGAUGCUGUGUUUCUGAUAUAAAUUCACUUUUCUGAAUACUGAA